UGGUCCACAGCGGUGGGUGUUUCCGCAUUCUGCACAGAGCUGUCAGCAGAAGCGCAACUUGCAAGAGGAGGACUGUCGCGUCUGAGAAGGAACCAUCCUUUGGGGAAUAGCGGUGUGAAUCAGGCGGGAGAUAUGCCGUACAUGCUCAUCAGCACGCAGAUCAGACUGGAGAAUGGGCCAACCAAUGUGGGAGACGAGCAUUCAGAUCCAGCUGUCAUGAAUUACUUGGGAGCAAUGAAAACAACCGUCCUGGGAAACAAUUUUUCUGAGUACCAUGUGGACCAGCCUCCUCGCCUGGUGUUGGACAAGCUGGAGAAGAUCGGCUACCGCGUGCUGACAAUGACUGGGGUGGGGCAGACGCUCGUGUGGUGCCUUCACAAGGACGUAGAGUGAUGAUAGACUGUUGCGUAGGGAAAUCAAUCCUGCAUCCUGUUCAUUUAGUGACAUUUACUUACUGUGAUGAGCAUAUCACAUAGUUUUACUGUCCAUGUGUAAUUGAAAACAAACACUUGUGCUUUAUCAGUAUGUCUGCAGAAAUGUUUACAAAUUAGUUUUUUUGCAAAUGUGUCAUUUUUAUUAUUAAACAUGUUAAAAUGUGAA